AGUCCACCAGCUCUGGUGAAAGGAUGACAAGGGAACAGUAUGGGGCUCUGCGAAGGAAAGUUGGAGGGACAUACAAGGAUUUCUUCAAGUCUUAUGUUGAUGUGAAAGGGGAAUAUGUGGAGGAAGGAUGGGUGGACAAAACAUGCAAGAUAUGUAAGAAAGACACAAGAGGUGAAGCAAGGCAAGUGGACAAGUUUGGACGAUAUGUUCAUGUAGCUUGCUUGGACAAAAAAUCCAGCUUUCCCAGCUUGUUCACCAGAUUAUUCUCCAAAUGAAACCUCUAGACCCAACUAAAAAGGCAAAAGCUUCUGGAAACUCUCUUCUCGACCAUGACAAGUAACCAUUGGAAUAUUUAUGCUUGGAGUUCUCUGUAUAAAUUUUAUCUCGAAACUAUUUUACUCAGUUUGUUAAAUUUAACAUUUGAUACGGUAAAUUUGCAAAAGUUAAAUCUUUAUUAAUCUUAAAAAUGAAAAUCGAUGAUGUUC